UUCAUUCUCUAUUCUACUGUUCUGAUGUACUCGUUUUGGUUUAGUUUAACAGCAGUUAGCACCAUUUCUAGUACAGUCAAAUUUAAAAGGAUUGGUAAGGUCCAGAGUACCUGAAAUGAAGAAUGAUGUUUAGUAAGGGGGUGGAGACUUACUUAAAUUAUUUUUGAAAGCAGAACUUUACCUGACUAAUGCAUCUUUUAUGUCUGAGUAGUAGGAGUUAGUUUACAAAUAAAUACAACCAAAAGGAUAUUAAGAAGAAGCUUGGAAUGAAUUUCAAAGUCUUAUUAUCAAUAUCUGAAGAAAUCGCAGAUGUGAUAUGGGUAUGUAAAAAAAUAAUUUUAAAGCGUAGAUAAUUGAUGUGAAGUUCUGGAUGCUUUCAGUAUCUUUAAGUAUUGAGAAACUCUGAAACAAACUGAACAGUACUUGCAGCUGACAACUUGAUUAACAAUAUUUCUGUUUCAGUAUAUUUGGUAACAUGUAUAUUUACAAUCUUGCUCAUGGCUGUCUCACUGAGGGUCAGAUUCUGCUGUUCUUACUCAUCUCAAGUAAUUUCUUACAUUGCACGUAAUCUCAUUGAUUCAGUGUGGAGCACGGUGACAAAACCUGACCAUAGCAACUAAAGCAACAGUUGCUUCUUUCACUCUUUAACAGCUGCGAGAGAAGAUCUAUUUUUCCAAACCUGCCAUCUUAAAUUCCGACCUGUAAGAGUAUGUACCUAUAUUUAGCUAGCUAGAUUAAAUUGCAGAGGCUUCAGGCAGGGCAAAGCACAUUGGUCUGCCUUUUUUACAGACAGACCUUUGGGCAGACAACAGCUAAAGCUUUCUGCUCCCUCCCCUUUCCCAAGUGUUUGUGAAAUGGAUUCCCAAAGGGAACUCACUGAAGAGCUCAGACUUUACCAAUCCACCCUUCUUCAGGAUGGCCUCAAGGAACUCCUUGAAGAGAAGAAGUUUGUAGAUUGCUCUCUAAAAGCUGGUGACAGAAGCCUGCCUUGCCACAGAUUGAUUCUGUCAGCAUGUAGCCCUUAUUUUCGUGAGUACUUCUUAUCCGAGCAAAAUGAAGAGAAAAAGAAGGAGGUGGUUCUAGAGAAUGUUGACCCCAACAUCCUGGAUAUGAUUGUCAAAUACCUUUAUUCAGCAAGUAUUGAUCUUAAUGAUUCUAAUGUGCAAGAUAUUUUUGCUUUGGCCAGUCGCUUUCAGAUCCCUUCUGUGUUCACUGUGUGCGUCUCCUACCUUCAGAAGAGGCUUGCUGUUGGUAACUGUCUGGCCAUCCUUCGAUUGGGUGUUCUGCUUGAUUGCCCAAGGCUUGCAUUUUCUGCCCGUGAUUUUGUUUCAGAUCACUUUGUGCAGAUCUGCAAAGAGGAGGACUUCAUGCAGCUUGCCCCGCAUGAACUUAUCUCAGUUAUUUCACCUGACAGCUUAAAUGUAGAGAAGGAAGAACUGGUAUUUGAAGCAGUAAUGAAAUGGGUCCGAACAGAUAAGGAGAACAGAGUAAAGAGCCUGGGGGAAAUUUUUGACUGCAUACGUUUUCGUCUUAUGCCAGAAAAAUAUUUCAAAGAACAUGUUGAGAAGGAUGAUAUAAUCAAAAGCAACUCAGACCUCCAGAAAAAAGUAAAGAUUAUUAAGGAUGCUUUUGCUGGAAAACUGCCUGACACAGGCAAAAGUACAGAAAAGUCAACCAAAGGGGAGGUGAACGGUGAUGUAGGAGAUGAAGAUUUACUGCCUGGCUACCUGAAUGACCUUCCCAGGCAUGGCAUGUUUGUCAAAGACCUAAUACUUCUGGUUAAUGACACUGCUGCAGUAGCUUAUGAUCCUCUUGAAAACGAAUGCUACCUAGCAGCCCUGGCAGAACAGAUUCCCAGAAAUCAUUCCAGUAUAGUCACCAAACAAAAUCAGGUCUACAUUGUUGGAGGACUGUAUGUGGAAGAGGAGAACAAGGAUCAGCCUUUCCAGUCAUACUUCUUCCAGCUGGAUAGCAUCGCUGGUGAGUGGCUUGCCCUUCCUCCACUGCCGUCAGCCAGGUGUCUCUUUGGGCUGGGAGAGUCCGACAGCAAGAUCUAUGUAAUUGCAGGCAAGGAUCUUCGCACAGAGGAGUCUCUAGAUUCAGGAUUGUGCUAUGAUCCUGUCGCGAUGAAAUGGGGUGAGAUCAAAAAACUACCCAUCAAAGUAUAUGGCCAUGCUACUAUCUCAAACAAUGGACUGAUAUAUUGUCUUGGUGGAAAAACUGAUGAUAAGAAAUGUACUAAUAGACUGUUCGUAUACAAUCCCAAGAAAGGAGACUGGAGAGACCUGGCUCCAAUGAAAGUGGCUCGCUCAAUGUUUGGAACGGCUAUCCAUAAGGGCAAGAUUGUCAUUGCAGGUGGUGUCACUGAAGAAGGCCUUACUGCAUCUGUUGAAGCUUUUGAUCUGACCACCAAUAAGUGGGAGAUAAUGCCUGAAUUUCCCCAGGAGAGAAGUUCCAUCAGUUUAGUCACCUUAAGUGGAGCUUUGUAUGCUAUUGGAGGCUUUGCAAUGAUUCAGCUUGAAUCUAAAGAAUUUGCACCCAAUGAAGUCACUGAUAUAUGGAAGUAUGAUGAUGAAAAGAAGGAAUGGAUUGGCAUACUGAAAGAGAUCCGAUAUGCUACUGGAGCCUCCUGCCUGGCCACUCGCUUAAACCUCUUCAAGUUAUCAAAACUAUAAACAAAAUGCUGGAAUACAGGAUAUGGCGAGGGA